AACAGGAAACUCCGGGAUUGAACUGGUUGCCUUUGACACACAGGUGUCAAACGCCUUGUUUGCUGGAAACUGAAGAAAAUUCAGUUACGCGUUAAAUGCUGUGCAAUUUUAUUUAAAUUUUCAUGUUUUUUUUAAACCUAACAAGUUACCGCAACUAGCUAACUAGUAGCUAGGUAGAUGUCUUGUUUGUCCGCUUCACUGAUUUAGCUAGCAAGGUAGCUGGCAGCUAGCUGCGUUUUUGGAUAUUGCUAACUAGCCAGCUAAUCUAGACAGCGAUCAACUCACCUGCGUGUCGCUAAAACGUUAUUCCUCGCCUGCCUUCGGGCAGGUCAUCGAUUCUAAAUUUUUAAGUACACCAGUUAAACGACUUUGUUGGGGCUAUGUGAACAGGAUAUGACUUAAUGUUUGUUUAAGUAGAUAUAAUGUUGCUCCAAGAGCACACGCGCACAGCAAGAGAAUUGUUUUUUUCUUGUUGGACUCAGCCUGAUCUUAUCCCACAGCGCGCACCGUUAGCUAGCUGCAAAACAACCGUAAUGAAUGAAAGGUCGGUCUAAUGCAAAAGGCGUAGAGUCCGUCCACUCGUCGGUUUUUUGGGACAUGUCCUUUUUAGCAGAAUGCAUCUUGGUGGCACCAGGAGCGGCAGCGCCGACGAUGCCUCCACGUCGAGCGCCGCGGCCGGUCAUCCCUCUUCCAGAUUCUUUCUGCCGGCCGUCGCACUCGGAGUCGGCACGGCGAUACUUUUCCAGUUCGGCGAUGGGGGAUUCACCGUGACAUCGUUUUUCCUGAAGCUUUUCAUUUACGUGUCGUUCGUCCUGAUCUGUUUCUUGCUGGGAUUUUUCGUUCUGCUCGCGAAGCAGAGUCCCCCCAGAACGAACAAGUUCGACACUUUCAGCGUUAGGUCAACGCAUUUAUUGGAUUUAUUUAGUAAAAUUAUGGGCCGCUUCUCCACGCCGCCGCCGGAGUCAAUGCAGUUGAGGAGAGUGGUGAUAUCGCACAACGUGGACAAAGCCCUGAAGGAAGUGUUCGACUACAGCUACAGGGACUACAUCCUGUCCUGGUACGUGGCUCUGAGCCGGGACGAGGGGCAGCUGUACCAGCUGCUGUCUGAGGACUUCUGGGAAGUGGCCAGGCAGCUGCGGAGUCGGCUGGCCAACGUGGAUGUGGUCACUGUGGUCUGCAAUGACAUCGUCAAGACCCUGCACGGACACUUCUGCGACCUGAAAGCCGCCAACACCAGGCACGAGGAGCCGCCCAAGCCCUUCCCCCUGCACCCGUGUCUGCGCAGCCCGGAGGAGGAGCUGCGCUUCCUGCGCUGCUGCGCCCGCCUGCUGCUGCUGUGCCUGCUGCCCGCGCGCGACGCCCGCUCCUACAGCCUGCGCGUGGUGCUGGCCGAGGUCUUCGCCACCAAAGUGCUGAAGCCGAUGGUGGAGGUGCUGAGCGACCCCGACUAUAUCAACCGCAUGCUGCUGUCCCAGCUGGAGCACCGCGAGCAGCUCAGCGAGCACCACAAGAAGGCCUACACCUACGCCCCGUCCUACGAGGAGUUCAUCAAGCUCAUCAGCAGCAGCUCCGACGUCGACUUCCUCAAACAGCUGAGGUACCAGAUUGUGGUGGAGAUCAUCCAGGCAACCACCAUCAGCAACCUGCCUCAGCUGAAGAAGCAGAAAGAUGGCAAAGGGAAGGAGACGGCGGCCAUGAAGGCAGACCUGCUGCGAGCGCGGAACAUGAAGCGCUACAUCAACCAGCUGACGGUGGCCAAGAAGCAGUGUGAGAAGAGGAUCCGGCUGCUGGGGGGGCCGGACUACGAGCAGCAGGAGGACGGGGGCGCGGACGAGGGCGACGGCCCGCAAAGCCAGAAGAUCCUUCAGUUCGAGGAGAUCAUGUCCAACCCUGCCUUCCGGGGCCACUUCCGGGCGUACAUGGAGAGGGUGGACAAGAGGGCCCUCAUCAGCUUCUGGGAGCUGGUGGAAACACUGAAGACCGCCAAUAAGAAUGAGGUCCCUCAGCUGGUGGGGGAGAUCUACCAGAACUUUUUUGUGGAGAGCCGGGAGAUCCCGGUGGAGAAGGCCCUGUACAAGGAGAUCCAGCAGACGCUGGUGGGGAACAAGGGCACGGACGUGUUCCACAAGAUCCAGGCGGACGUGUACGAGACCAUGAAAGAGCGCUACUACCCCUCCUUCCUGGUGAGCGACGUGUAUGAGCUCCUCAUCAAGAGGGAGGAGCAGCGCAACAGGUCCAAGUCCUGCGGGGAGGACAAGGACGAGAUGUGUCAGGCCAUCGAAAGCGGGGAGGAGGUGCUGGACGGGGGCAGCCACUGCAUCAACGUGCAGGCCAGCUACGCCGCCAACAAGCUGCACCAGCUCUACGACAAGCUGGAGUACAAGCGUCAAGCCCUGGGCUCCAUUCAGAACUCACCCAAGCCUGACAAGAAGAUCGUGUUCAAGCUGAAGGAGGAGAUCGGGGCGAUGGAGAAGGAGCACAGCGAGCUACAGCAGCACAUCUGCAGGACCGACUGGUGGUGCGAGAACCUGGGCAUGUGGAGGGCUGUGGUCAACAGCGGAGAGGCCAUAGAGGAGAACGGGGAACAGAUGCCGGUGUACUCCGUGUCCGUGAGCCUGCUGGAGGGGGACGACUCCAAAAACAACCACUGGAUGGUCUCCAGGAAGCUGAGCGAGUUCCAGGCGCUGCACAGGAAGCUGACAGAGUGUUUUCCAUCAUUGAAAAAAGUCCAGCUGCCCUCAGUCAGUAAACUGCCCUUCAAAUCCAUAGACCAAAAAUUCCUGGAGAAAUCCAAAAACCAGCUCAACACCUUCCUGCAGAAAAUGCUGACGGACGAGCGUCUGUGCCAGAGCGAGGCACUGUAUGCCUUUCUCAGCCCCUCCCCCGAGCACCUCAAGGUCAUCGACAUCCAGAAGAAGUCCUCCUUCUCCCUGGCCUCCUUCCUGGAGAGGCUGCCUGGAGACUUCUUCUCCCACCAGGAGGAGGAGGCAGAGGAUGACAGUGACCUCUCUGACUACGGGGACGAGGUGGACGGGAAGAAGGACUCCUUGGCAGAGCCGUGCUUCAUGCUGAUUGGAGAGAUCUUUGAACUCAGGGGCAUGUUCAAAUGGGUGCGGAAGACGCUAAUUGCACUAGUCCAAGUCACGUUUGGACGGACCAUAAAUAAACAGAUCCGCGACACGGUGCACUGGAUCUUCAGCGAGCAGAUGCUGGUGUACUACAUCAACAUUUUCCGGGACACCUUCUGGCCCAACGGGAAGCUGGCGCCCCACAACAAGACGCGGUCGGACUCCGAACGCCGGGAGACCAAGGAGCGUGCCCAGCAGAAGCUUCUGGACAACAUACCCGACGCACUGCAGAACCUGGUCGGCCAGCAGAACGCCCGCUACGGCAUCGUGAAGAUCUUCAAUGCCCUGCAGGAGUCCAGUGCUAACAAGCACCUCCUCUACAUUCUUCUGGAGAUGGCGUUGAGAGAACUUUGUCCAGAGCUGCGUGGGGAGUCGGACCAAGUCUGAUCCCACCCGGUCACACUAAAAACCUGGGACACUUGCAGAAGAAGUCUUCUGUUACCUCACCUAGACGCACAGGAAAAAAAAAAAAAAAAAAACACUCAGUGAAGAAAACGCCACACAGACACACCCACAGCCAAACUGUCCAUGAAGAAACUGUGUGUUAACUGACUGACAGAAACACACCAGAAACACUAUGAAGAAAAUGUAUCCUUUAACUUGCGUUGAUAAACUGGCGGGAGCCCAUGAAGAAAUGGCAUGUUAUCCAAUGUAAACAUAAAAUAGAUACACUAGAGAAGUAUAGGAAUGGGCUGUUAACUGCUACUUUGAGUACAAACCAGACAGGUAAUGGGGGAAAAAAAGAGUCUGACAUAGACACGACCUGCACUAUUCUCUUGUAGGGGAACAGACUUGGAUGCAGAAUCAAUCUAACUGCAGUGUGAUUUGUUCCUAACUUUUGAGUUAGGAAUUAGUGUAGGUAUCCCUAUCUUGAUUUUUACACAGCAUUUUGCAUUUAUAUUAACAACUGCCAAACACAUGAUGUUGUGUUUCUGUUAAAAAAAAAAGUUUAAAAUAAUCCCUGCAAUUUAAGAACACACCACGCUGCAGUUAGAUUGAAUCUGAGCCUGAGCACCCCUUAGCAGAAUUGUCCUUAUUUCUUUUUAUUCCUGAUGCACAACUAUCUGAAUUUACUUGAUGACACGCCAUUCAAAAAACAGCGGGGAAAGCUAAUUAAAUCUUUUUGUCUUUGUUUUAAAUUUCCCUCUGAUUAGUUAAAUAGUGGAGGGAAUCCAGUUUAACUGCCAUUUUCUGUUGCAAGGAGCCGGGCAUUGUUGCGGACCUCCUUAGUAAGGUCUUAUUUAUUUAUGUGAAUAGUUGUGAAUGAACGUUGUACUUAUAUUGAAAAGAAAACAAAAAAAACUUGGAACAUUC